ACAGCAGGUCUCUCUCGCCUUCUCGUCCCCGCUCAGCGAUGCCCUCGUCCGAGGCCGUUUUACAGCCAUCCCCCAGCAAGAGGCAGAAGGGCGCGGUGCCCGGGGAGCCCACCGCACGGCUCCGCUUCACUAAGCUGUCCGAGAACGCCUCCACUCCCUCCAGGGGCUCUGCUCGGGCUGCGGGCUACGAUCUAUACAGUGCCUAUGACUGUGUGAUACCUCCCAUGGAAAAGGCUGUAGUGAAAACAGACAUUCAAAUUGCACUUCCUUCUGGAUGCUAUGGUCGAGUUGCACCACGUUCUGGUUUAGCUGCAAAGCACUUCAUAGAUGUUGGUGCUGGUGUUAUUGAUGAGGAUUACCGGGGAAACGUUGGUGUGGUACUCUUCAACUUUGGCAAGGAGACUUUUGAAGUUAAAAAAGGGGAUAGGAUUGCCCAGCUCAUCUGUGAACGCAUUUGCUAUCCUGAGCUAGAGGAAGUUCAAGCUCUAGAUGAUACAGAACGUGGAGAAGGUGGCUUUGGUUCUACUGGAAAGAACUAAAAAUUAUUUGAAUAUGCUUUCUGUAUUUUUUCUUAUUACGCUAUUUUUAAAUUUUCAUUUGAAUUAGAAGUGGGAUUUUGGAGUACAUAAAAAAAAAUGUCAAGUUUUAUUCAGACUUCUCUGUAUCUGUCCUCCCGUCUAUUUUUACAGGCAGUCUGCAUUAUGGGGAAUGUGCAUGACUGACUUGAUUGAUUAGUUGAUGGAUUAUUUUUUCUUCUUAGAUGUUCGCUCCUCAGUAAUAAGAACUCACUGUUUAUGUGCUGAUUAUACUCUAAUAAAUUAAAAAAUAACUUAAUGA